GAUGAGUCUCAGUCCUUCUGUAUCUAGAGACAGACUGAGCCUGUACCAGGGUAACCUCUGGGUGAAAUGGUUAGCUUUCCAACCUCCUGACAAAGGGAUGGAAUUUUUCCUCUGACCUCUUUCAGUCUCUCUGGCUUCAGCUCAUUGCAGUGGGGACUGAGAUAACAAUAGGGAGUCCAUCAGAGAAAUGGUUGUGAGAUGCUGGGUGCUGCAGUAAAACCUCUAAAAUAAAACAAGUUGAGUAGUGAAGAUCUAGAUUAAAGGGAUGGAACAAGUCCUGUUUGCCAACUAUGGAUUUCUGCCUGUGAGACUUGGAAGGGAUUCUGGAAAAAAGGUAUGUGCAGUGUUUGUUCAGAUGCAGUUUGGUCCUCCACCCCAAAGGCAGGCACCUGCCUGACAUCUAGGAGUUUUUCAAUCCAAACAUUGUGGCUAGUUAAAACAAAAUGAGACCUCUUCAAUGUGCCUAAUGUUCAAACCCUGUCCAACUCCAUGCAUAUGUCGGUCCAUACAGGGAGAGUUACCCUGUCCUGCUACCUGUGAUCUGGGCUAGAUCAUUGCUGUGGGAUAGGUAAAUCUGCCCCAGGUUACUAUGGCUCUGGCUCUCAAGUGACUGGUGACACACAAGGACAGUGUGAGGACAGCAAUUUUCCCCACCCUUAAGUAAUAAUCCUCUCAUUUUGCUCUCUCCGUACCUUCCUCAAGUGGAUGAGGACUACUAACCAUUCUUGGUGCCUGGGAAACACAGUGGCUAUUUAAGAGAAGAUCAUUUCACCAUGGGAAGGUCUGGAGAGGAGCCCAGAGCCUUUCCUAAGGGAGGACAAAGUAGUGUUCUCUUGGCAAAUGCUUUCUUAUUAAAACUCAAGUGUGGGAUGUGACAUCUUUUUACUGGUGCAGCAUUACGUGCUUGUUAUCUCUGUCUCUCUUUCAGUUGUAAUACAAUGCUGACUCAUCCUAAAUGGAUUGCAGGCCCACUCAGAGUUGAGGAACUGACCUAACAUCUGGAUCCAAGUAUCUGGGAGAGGAAUUCCCUAGCAUGGGGCUUUUGUUCCUUGUUUGUCUUUUCCUGGAGUUUGAGCUCCCCAGAGUUUUUUGUAGUGCAUGGGAAUGCCCACGGAUCUCUUACAAUGCUAUGAGGAACUACACCGUGGAGUACAAGCUACCCAACUUCAUCACUGACAGCCCCAUCCAGAAUAUUGUCACCUAUGAGGACCCAAGUGGUGCAAGUGCCAUCUUUGUGGCAGUACGGAAUAAGAUCUAUGUGUUGAGCCCAGAGCUGGCAAGUAUGGAUAUCAUUGUGACUGGCCCCAUGGGCAGUGAUCAAUGUAAGAUCUGUGCUCUUUGCCCAGGGACAGCAGGUGCUCUGCAGCCUGAAGACACAGAUAAUGUUGUUUUGGUUCUGGACCCAUCUGAACCAUGGCUUUACAGCUGUGGGACUUCCCAACAUGGCCUGUGUUUCCAGCAUGAACUGGAAGCCCAGGACAGCUUAGUUCUGGUUAAAGUCUCUCACUGCUUGUAUGCACAACAGCAGAACAGCCCCUUGAAAUGCCCUGACUGUGUGGCCAGUCCCUUGGGGACUAGGGUUCUGGUUACUGAAGACUCCCAUGUUUCCUACUUCUACAUUGCCUCCACCAUCAACAGCAGCAUAGCUGAGAAAUACAAUCCCAAAUCAGUGUCUAUCCGUAGACCAAAGGGCACUUCAGAUGGGUUCUCCCCUGACUUCCGCUCCCUAACUGUGUGGCCUGAAUACCAAGACACUUAUCCCAUUGACUAUGUAUAUGCAUUCAGGGACCAGGCCUUUGUCUAUUUCCUGACAGUUCAAAAGGAAAAUCCCACAUCCAAGGCAUACCACACAAGGAUAGUGCAGCUGAGAGCUGAUGAGCAUGACAUGCAGCACUACCGUGAGUUGAUACUGGAUUGCCGUUUUGAGUCUAAACGGAGGCGGAAGAGGAGCUCGGCAGGUCGGGUAUACAAACGUGAUGUGACUUUCAAUGUCCUGCAAGCUGCUCAUGCCACUCAGGCAGGUUCCAAACUGGCUUGUGAAAUUAGCAUCAAUGAUACAGACCUGGUCUUGUUUGGUGCCUUUGCUGAAAGUGAAGCAGAGAAUGCGAUGCCGCAGAAAUAUUCAGCAGUGUGCGUCUUCCCGGUGCGCAUGAUCAACCAGGCCAUCAAGGAUGGGAUGAACAAAUGCUGUGGCUCUGACAAGCAUAUCUUACGAGGCCUGACUUUCUACCAGAAAAAAGAGUACUGCCUGCACAGUGUGGACUCCAGCUGCUGGAACAAGCCCACCCAGAUUGCCACAGCCCUCUACAAAGUAGACCUCUUCAAUGGGCACAUGGCUAGAGUCCUUCUGACAUCCAUCUUCGUGACCGCCAUUGGGGAUGUGACCGUGGCCCACCUGGGCACAUCAGAGGGGCGCAUCAUGCAGGUGGUGCUUCAGAGAUCCAGCUCCUACCCUGUCAUCUUGACCAACUUCUCCUUGGGGGCAUUGCCAGUUCUGCCUGAAGCUGGCUUGCUGGGGAACUCCCUUUUCUUUGUCACAGGCAACAAGGUGUCACUUGUGAACAUUACUGGCCCAGGCUGCCAGCACUUCCUGACUUGCCAGCGGUGCCUGCAGGCAGAACGGUUCAUGCGCUGUGGCUGGUGUGGGGGCUCAUGCACACGGCAAGAGGACUGCACAGCAGCUUGGAGCCAGGAGAGCUGCUCCCCCGUCCUCAAAGAUUUCCACCCCCGAAGUGCCCCAUUUCAGGGCAAGACCAAGGUGACGCUUUGUGGAUUGGGCUUCCAGUCAUCCUCACUCUUCACGGCCUCUGUGGGCUCCCCCAUCACUGACAUCACCUAUCAGGUGACAGUGGGACACAGGAACUGCACUGUGCUGCCUGAGGAAAGCCUGAACAACAGGCCCCGCUUGUUGCCCCUCUGGCAGGACUUCACAGACGUCUUGGUCUGCAAGCUGGAACCGUCAGAGCCCCAACAGCGGGCAGUGUCUGUUGAGGUAAUGCUUACCAUCCUGGAGCCAAUGAGGAUGCGUCCCUUCUACGUCAGCGGCUCCUCAACCCUUGGAGGCUUUUCCUUUGUGGAGCCCAAUGUCACUUCCAUCCACCCCACAUUCGGCCCGGUGGCUGGCGGCACCCAGGUCUCUAUCCAGGGCAGGAAUCUCACCGUGGGAAGCAGCCGGAGGGUGACAGUCAGUGGAGUGGAAUGCCCUCUGCUGGGGGAGGACAGCCAAGAAGGUGGGAUGAUCUCCUGCACCACCCCUGCCAGCAGGAACCUGAGUACAGCCUCUGUGGCCCUAUGGAUAGACGAGGCACCGUUCCCUGUCCUGCAGCCCUUCAUAUACCGCCCGGACCCCAUCAUCCACAGCAUCUCCCCAAACUGCAGCUAUGAGGGUUCCAACCUCACCAUCACUGGCACCCACCUGGAUUCCGUGUAUUACGCCAAGAUCCAGUUUGAUAGUAGCAGCAUGAAAACACAGGCCAGACUGUGCCAGGGAUCACACUCUGCCAAGAGCCUGGUGUGCCAGAGCCCAACCUACACCUUUGAGAACAAGAGGGAGAGUGCCCAGGGCAACCUGACUGUGCUGCUGGAUGGCACCCCUGGACACAGGGUCUUCCACCUCCGCUACUACCCUGCACCUAAGGCCCACGCCUUCGAGCAUGAUGACAAGACAUACCGGCUGAAACCAGGCGAUGAUGAAAUUGAGAUACAUCAUACUGGGCUGGACAUGCUGGUAGAGUGCAUGAGCAUCACCAUGAUGGUGGCGGGCAGGGACUGCAACACUAACGUGCUGAAGAAUGAAGUGACCUGCAGGAUCCCCAAGGAUAUGAGUAUCCCCAUGGAUGGGGCUCCUGUGAAGAUCUGCAUAAAUGGAGCCUGCACAGACUUGGGCCGGGUGGUGAAAACUCCCUCUCUGGAUCCUGUGACAGGCAUUGUGGUGGGUGCUCUAGUGACCUUCCUGCUCUGCUGUGUCCUGGUGUUCCUGCUCCUGAAAUGGAAACAGAUGAAGAAAAGGGGGACAGACAAUCUGGAGAUGCGUGUGGCUGCCAACAGGAAUGCGCCCAGUGUCACCACCAUGCACCCCUUUGCCAGGGACUACCGGGAAUUGCAGGUGGUGCCCCCAACCACACCCCGCCACAGCAGUGCUGCCAGGGCACGGUUCCAUGGUGCCUCCUUCACAGCUAUCAGCGAUGGUUUGGUUGUGCCACUCAUGAGGGUGCCAUCCUGUUGCAUUGAGAACCUCCGCCCAGAGCUGCUUGUGGAGGUAAAGGACAUUCUUAUCCCUGAGGAGCGACUGGUCACCCACCGGGACCGUGUCAUUGGCAAAGGGCAUUUUGGGAGUGUAUAUCAUGGCACAUACACAGACGCGUCCCAUCAGGAGGUACACUGCGCUGUGAAGUCCCUGAACCGCAUCACUGAUGUGGAGGAGGUGGAAGAGUUCCUCAAGGAAGGUAUUCUGAUGAAGAGCUUCCAUCACCCACAUGUCCUCUCCCUCAUUGGCAUCUGCCUGCCCCAGGAGGGGCUGCCCCUGGUCGUGCUACCAUACAUGAAGCAUGGAGACCUGCGGCACUUCAUCCGCUCUGAGGAACGGAACCCAACGGUGAAGGACCUGAUUGGCUUUGGGCUGCAGGUGGCUCAGGGGAUGGACUACUUGGCCCAGAAGAAGUUUGUCCACAGGGAUCUCGCUGCUAGGAAUUGCAUGCUGGACAAGAUGUUUACAGUGAAGGUGGCAGACUUCGGGCUGGCUCGAGAUGUCUUUGACAAGGAGUACUACAGCAUACGGCAGCACCGCCAGGCCAAGCUGCCAGUCAAGUGGAUGGCCCUUGAGAGCCUGCAGAUCCAGAAGUUCACCACCAAGUCAGAUGUGUGGUCCUUCGGGGUCCUCAUGUGGGAGCUGAUGACACGAGGAGCCUCACCAUACAGUGAAGUGGAUCCCUAUGAUAUAACCCACUACUUGCUGCAAGGAAGGCGCCUGCCACAGCCGGAGUACUGCCCUGACUUGCUGUAUGAGGUGAUGCUGAGAUGCUGGUCCCCGAAUCCCAGUGAACGUCCAGGCUUCUGUGCCCUGAUUGGGGAGCUGGAGCAGAUCAUGGCCUCCCUGAAGGGGGAGCACUACAUCAACUUGACUGUCACCUACAUCAACCUGGAGCACAACCAGCCCUUCCCACCUGCACAGGGCUCUGAGGAUGAGCUGGUCUCCAGCAGUGAUGGGGAUGAGGCUGAGUGCUAGCAGUAGGCUCUAUCCCUGCUUCACAACUCAGUGCUGGAGCCGGACCCCACUGAAUGCUGGUCCCUCGAAUGCAGACGGAGCAGUUCUUCCAUCCCAAAGCACACUUCUGCUGCAGUCCCAGGGGCUUGGCCAGACAGUGCUGAUUUCAACAUUAUUUUUCAACGGAGAACAUUAGAGUCUAUGAUAAUAGGAUGAAAUGAUAUUUCCCUCUAUGACACUAGCAGAGUAUUUUUCAAACAUUCUCAUGCACUGUUACAGUCUAAGGGGACAGGGGCUAGUCCUGCAUAGAAAGGUUCCAGAAUUUUUGUUUCCUGGGAGAGUUGUGAUUCAGGCUCUAGCCAGAGGGAUUUUCUUCCUGAAAAGCCAGUUUUCUUCAGAACAAAAUUCAGUUCUGAGCCAGCCCUAACUAGGAUUUUUCCUCUGGGGCUGACUUGCGGCAACAGCUCCAGAGAUGGUCCACAACUCUUUCCUCAGUGGGGCCAUGGGCCAGCUCAGGAACAUCAGCAGCAUGAAUCCUUCCUUUCUGCACCCUCAUUGCCUGCCCUACAGAUGCAGAACAGCUCAAGAGCAAAAAAGACUGAGGCAGCCUCCUGCCAGGGGAGUGAAUGGGCCAGGUGUCCUGAGCAGGAGGAGGCUGGAAGUACCAGUACAGCCCUUGAGGUGACAGGGAGCCUUUUUGGCUUUGCAGAGGGAUGCUUGAAUGUCUUAGACUGAACUGAAUAUGUACUUGGAUAUGGAAUAAAUGCAGGCCAGGCUGAUAGUUACCUCUAACAUGACUGCACAACCUGGGUGUGUGAGUGUACUCUGUCUCUCUCUCUCCUGUGAGUAUGUGAGUGCAUGCAUACAUAUUUUCUGGGACAAGCUGGUCACUGCUGAGGUGAGAAAGGCCUGACAGAUGCUGGUAGUAGGGCUGCAGGGGAUGUGUGCUCCAUCUGCAUAGUUGUGGGGCUGUCCCUGGGCACUGGAAAGUCUAUGUCCAGGUGGUAGGUUAGGAUCUGGCCUGUCUAAAGGAGGUCUGAGAGGCCCCAGGCCCAGCCAUGUUUUCCCCCUUACACACCAACCCUUGGGACAGGGGGAGCUGUGAAAAUGUAAAGCUGGCCAAGCACAUAGAGAUGGUAGCCAGGUGGGCUUCUUCAUGCAGCCCCACUGCAAGGUUCUGUGGAGCCACCUUCUUGGGGGCAGGGGGCAGCUCAGACCUCAUGGCUUGGUCACCAUAGUUCUCUGUGCUCAGACUAUCCCUAUACCUCUCCUCAGCCAGUGUGACCAUGAUGCUUGUCCUUGGGGUCCUAUGAUGCAACCUGGCAGCCUUGUAUCCUUUCCCUGUGACAGCCAUGUGAGGAGAGGCUGGAAGGGCAGAGGAGUUGCACUGUAGCACACCAGCCUCUUUCCAUUUGAAGGCACAGGGCAUGUGGCUUCCCUCCAGCACAGUGGGGGUUCAUGUGUCCCUUUUUCUUCUUUCCAUGCCCCUCCCACAAGCAAGCACCAUAGCCAGACCCUUCCCCCUGCCUCUUCCAUGCUAUUCUGCCACCUCUGGCCCUGUGGUUUGGCUUGAACAAUUCUUGCAUCUUCUGCCCAGAGGAGGGAGUGCCAGACUGCCUAUGUGCUAUGCAGACUCCUUAGUUGAAUGGGGCAGUGCAGGAAAAGGGGCUUCUCCGGAGUGAAGAACCCUACCCAUGGUCCCUAGUGCUGUGUGCAGGGGCCACAGGAGGGGCCUCAAUCUCUUCAAACCCCUUAUCUCUCCAAAACUAAGCAGCCAUCCAAAAAGCUGUGUUUCCUGUCACCCCUCCUCCCCACCCAAGACCCCCUUCAGGAUCUUUGUAGCCAGACCCUGCAGCUAGGAGGCCAGGGAAGAAAUAAAAUCCUUCAAUCCCAGGUCAUGUCACCUCCUGGAUAAAUGCUUGGAUUUCCCCUGAUUCAUCCAACAGCCAGAGGUUGAGAGCUGCUCUCCUCUAGCACUUGGCUGGGCAGAUCUAGGAGCCCAGCUCUAUGGCUCCUUACUUCAGGGUGCCUGUGUUUGCCUGGCUCAUGCCCUUUCUAGGAAGUGAGCUCAGCAGGCUGCCACCUCAACAGGAAGUCCCUGCUUUUGAACCACACACCCUAGGAGCAGUGUGAGUGUGCAGCAGUGGCAUAAGUGACUCUCCACUCCUGCAGGCCCCCUGGGCAUCUCAACAUGUGGCAUCCUAGUUGAGCACUAGCCGGCAUCUUGCUUUCUGGAGUUGCCAAGAUUUCUGGGACAGCAGUGGGGGCUUUCCUGCUCUCUAGGAACUGGAAGCAGGUUUCUAGCUCUGGCUGCAGGACUUGUUUGGCAUCCUGCCCUCGCUCUGACUUGGC